AUGGCGCCCUCGUCCGCGUCCGCGGUGCCCGAGCGCGUGCGCGACACCGCGUCGUCGAUCGCGGCGCUGCGAGCGCUCGAACACGCGCGAGGGGCGAAUGGAUUGAUUCGAGACCCAUUCGCCGAAGCGCUCGCUGGGACGGACGCGAUGACGCGCGUGCGCGAGCGACGGUCGCGCGCGCCGGGGGAUGGUGAUGAUAAUCCGUCGACGUCGACGGCGGGACGGACGGGGGCGAGGUCGAGGGCGAGGGGAGGACGAGGCGACGACGGACGCGUCGCCAUCCGGACAAAGUUCUUCGACGACGCCGCGGUGGAAUACUUAGCGACGAUCGAUCGAGCGCGUGGGGGUGAGGCGGCGCGGCAGGUGGUUUUACUCGGUGCCGGGUACGACACGCGAGCGUGGCGACUGGAGGCGCCGAGCGCGGAGGCGAGGACGAACACGACGGUGUUCGAGGUGGACGUCGAGAGCGUGCUCGAGCGCAAGAGAGAAAUAAUGGGCGACGCGGAGUUGACGCUGUGCGACAGACGCGUCGCCGUGCACUGCGACAUGGAACGCACCGAUUGGACCGAAGCGCUUCGAGGGAGCGGAUUCAGAGAGGGUUUACCCACCGUAUGGAUUUUGGAGGGGCUCAUGUACUACCUCUCGCCGCGCGUCGCGCGCUCGAUGCUCCGUCGAUGCUUCGACAUGGGAGGGCACUCCAGCGCGCUGGUCGUGUCCGUGGUCAAUCCCGCCGCUUUAGCGCGCGCGCGCGGCAGCGAUCCCUUACGCGCCAAGCUCGCUCGGUGCUUCGGACGCGGUGAACAAAAAUCCGCGCGAGCGAUGUGGAUGUCCGCGUGCGACGCGCCUCCGGUCGAGUAUUUCGCGCCUUGGACGCUCGACCUCGCGGCGCAGCUCGGCGAAGCGGGAUGUGAUUUCGGUCGAUGGACGGGUUCUAAACCAUCGCCCGUCCCCACGGACGCCCGAUCGUUUCGCGCCGACGUCGUGCCUCGCACGUUUUACGUCCGCGCCUCCAAGCCCGCGUCGGCGUGA